CACACAUUAUCACCCCAAGAGAAAAAUUAGACCUAAUUUCUACAUACCCUUUUAAAACAGAUCAAAUGUGACUUCCUAUCCGGCUUCCUAUCUUCUUUUUCAGGUCAUUUUUUUUUUUUUUAAAGGUGGUUAAAGCAAAAGGUAAUGUACUGUAAUGUGUUAUGCUUUUGCCUCAUAGGUUUUUGGUUAGCAUGUUAGCACAUGCCUGUUUUAUUUAUUUUUUAAUCCAAAGUCCAAAAUGAAAUCAACGCCUACAUUGACAGUUGAGUUGUUACACAACUUCAGCAGCCUGCACUCCAAACUAGAGUUGAGCUGACAGCCAUGAAUCCUCCAGGUCACCUGGCUGAGAAUGUUCCACUGGAGGGGAGGUAUGAUGGGCUCCCUGGAGGAUCUACAGCGAUUCAGUACACCACAAUGAACAUGACCCCUGAGCCCCCCAAGGACCACAUCAUCUGGUCCCUCUGCUGCUUCGGGCUGGCGGCUCUCAUCUUCUCUAUCAAGGCCAGAGACCGGAAGGUGGCUGGAGAUCUGGAGGGUGCCCGACACUACGGCUCCACUGCCCGCUGCCUCAACAUCUGGGCCACAUCAUUGUCCUUAUUUACAUUAUCGCAAUGAUUGUUGUGCUUGUAGUGACCAGACGUUAGAGCAGAUACCACCUAUACGAUUUCAAUUACAGAAGCUAAAUUUGAAAUGCAGUAGUAUUAAAGUUGCUGCUGCUGUGGCUUGGUGAUACUUGUUUCACUGCUUUCCGCUCAUGGCACAAUUUCUAACCUUUUAUACCUUUUUACUUACUGUACAUCCUGGAGCAAAAGAGAUACUAUAUUUCUAUUUGUGUUACAAAGACUAAAAUGGAACUCAUCCAUGUUUCAUUAACUGCUGUCUGCAGUCAAGUUUGAAUGCCAGACUUUUUUUUUUAUUAAAUUGAGAGUUCCUGUCUACCUGGUUUUUGUCUCAGCAAUUGUUUUAAGUUUCGUUUUUCAAUAAACGAAAGUUUUAUAGUGUUUCAUAACUCACUUAAAACAACAGUUGUUAGAUGAGUGAGUUUCCUGCUGCAGGGCUUCAUCCCUUCAGUGCUGGAAUUUGCCAAGAAGGAGAAUGAAUGACUUUAUAAUCUUACAAUCUUCUAUUUUGAAAUCCACUGGCAAGUACUGGCAUGCAGGCUUUCGGAUCUGCCAUCCUUUAAUACUACAAAAAUGAAAUCAACGCC